AUGGAUUCAUCAUCAGAUCGAGGAGUUGAGGACGAUUUGGAGUUUGAGGUUGAGGAGAACAACACUCCGUUUUCCGAGGUGGAAGACGAUGACGGCGAGAAGACGUCUGUGGCGUUUGACGCGUCCAAGUUCGAGGCCGAGGCCCAGCAGGCUCUCAAGUCUCAGAUAUUGAUUCUGUGCACAGCGUUGGGAGGAGCCGAUGUUUCGGGCAAGUACGUGCUGGGUACCGACGCCCUGGCGUGUCUGAAGGACCUGAAACGGUGGAUCAAGGUUGUGGACGAUGCGUCGGACAACUGGAACGUGGCGUCUGCGUGCGACGACAACGGGCUUGUGUUGAACGACCUGAUCCCAAUUCUGGUUGAACUGCCUUCCAGGAUCAACGACGCGAACCGGUCGUUUUACACGGGCAUUUUGCUUUCCGUGCUGGAGCUGCUGGUUGCUCUGACCCGGCCACUGGUCUUGGACACCGAACGGGCCACUGCGGCCAAAGUCGAUCUGUACAUCAAGCUCAAGAAGUCGCACGUCAAGUACAAAGACAGAAUACUUAACUACGAGAAUGGAAAGUGUCUAAAGAGCGUUGUUGGACUGGCUAUUCCUAUUUUCCGCACCAGAAAAGACCAGCGCAGUUCACGAGACAUAAUUAUUUUAAAUCUGUGUCUGAACCUGUUCCGGAACGUGAUUCGGAUCGAGCCAGCAGAUGUCACUAUUGGAACGCGUCGCGCGUCCUCGAAAACACAGCAAUUGAACGAUAACAUGCCUCCUGGCGUGGAUAAGGACGACAUCAGUUUCUCGCGUCUGGUGGCCGUUUACCGCAAGAACAAGGUACUGCAGUUCAUCCAGACCAUCACGUCGGGGCUGGAGCGCGAGUUCGAGCCGCGCGUGCUCGGCAGUGUGUGUCUGGACGUGUACUUCUACCUGCUCUACGGACUGGACCCAGCCACGGUGGCGGUGAAACGAGAGCCGGAAAGUAUAAGUGGCGGUGCAGCUAACGGGUUGAGUUUGGGAGCCGCUUUAGAUCAGGAAAAGCUGAUGAAGAAACGGCUGUUGAACAACAACGUGACGCGUCAUGCGAAUUUCGGCACGUUGUUGAGUAUUCGGCAGAAUGACGACAGCCAGAUGACGGUUUCGGGGCAAAAGAGGCUGAUCCAUUCGGAUUUGUUGGAACAGCUCGACGCGAGCCGGUCCAAGAAGACUGUUGGUUCGCGGUGGACCACAAACAAGAACGAGAGCACGCGGUCGGACUUUGACCGUCAUUUAAGCGGCGAGCCGUCGAAAUACGUCGACACGGAGACGCGUGCCACGUUUGGCGAGUUCUGCCACGAUUUCGUCGAGGCCGGGUUUGGCCCACUGUUAGCAGCCAUCCGCAAGUCGUUUAUUGGCGAGCACACACGGUUUGGCGCGUUCCUCGAGUUUCAUUACUUCUACGUCGUUGGAUGGGUGCUCAAGUUCGAAAGGUUGUUGAGAGAAAGCAGUCGGGAAAACGUGUUCAGACUCGGGUAUUUGCAAGAAGCUCUGUCGCAGGACAUGGUGCGGUUAAUUUUGAAGAACAACAUUCCAUUGUACAUGCAGAAUCGCGAACACAAUCUGCUACGAAUUGCAGUUAACUGUUUCAAAGAGAUUUUAUUGACGGUGGUCGAUAUGCACAAAUUGGAGCCGCAUGAUUAUCCCGACCUGUCUCCUGAGCAGAAGGACGAGCUCGACAUGUACCAGGGCAUGUCCGAGCAAGUUUUGCGGCUGAUUUUCUCGAGCGAGGACGAGAUUGAGGUUUUCUUCCAUGUUGCACAAGAUGCACAUAAAGUGUCGUUUUCCUACGCGCUGGACAUGAUCGACUACACGCAUGUGCUGUUGAAGGUGUUGCAGUAUCUUUCUGAGCUUAAAACUCCCGUUGCUAUGGGAAAGAAGCGCCGUGGAAAGGCCAAGGAAGAUCGGGCCGGUUCUGACUCCGAUAGCAUGGGCGAGUCGCAUUUGAAGCGGUAUUUGCAGUUUGAUCGAUCGCGGUACGAGUUCUACGAGCGCAAGCUGAUGCAUGAGCGGGUGGUGAACUGCUACGUUUCUGUUUUCGCGAAAUUUGACGAACUGAACGAGGUCCAGGUGCGCAAGUGUAUUUCUUUCUUCAACAGAUUAAUGUUGAAGAAAGACGAGCAUUUUCUAAAACUUGUGCGGUUGGAUUUCAUGCUGGCGUUACAUGACAUCAAGGACAGCGUUUUCGGGUCGUCCGUGAAGCGCGAUCUGGGCAGACUGCUGGGCUACUACAUGCAUACGUUUGAGAAGAAGUAUCGUCAAACCGACGCUAUUUUGCUAGAUUUGCUUACUCUAGGCCAGGAUUCUGACCGCGGUUUACGGGAGUUCCUUCAGACGGGCGACCGCAACGAGCUGGAGGCCCGCGAGCACGCCAAACGGUCGAGAGACGUGUCGUUUGCUGCUGCUGAGAUGUCGUACUCGCACAAAAUCAGUGUUUUGGUGAGCGCUCUGGUGUACAGAGACAGCGUGGAGAUCCUGGAGUAUCUUGUUUCGCGGCUGCGUGCGCGGGAUGGCGAGCUGGUGUUUGAGAGUGGUCGCGAGACGUUGCGGAACGGGCAUUACCGGUUGCUUCUGGAGACGAUUGGGUUUGAGGUUGCAACCAACGGCCAAGCUGUGCUUCCUGGAACAGUUGAGGACUCGCACGUGACCAUGACGGCCGACCUGAUCGAGGAGUCGAAGCUGCGGCCGCUGGAGACGGACGAGUUCGAGCACGAGCUGAUUGAGGAGAGGAGGGAGCCAGAGCAGGAGCCAGAACGCGAACAGACGAGCAAUUUCGAUGAUUUUGGCUCCGACAACGACCUAGAGACAUUGAACCGUGUUUCUGAGCGUCUUGACCGGCUGGACGUUCUGGAGGCCCGGCUGGAGAAAAAGACCGGCCGCAAACGUGUGCGUGACCCGGAGGACGACGAGAUCCGGUUCAAGUCCAAGGCCAAGGCCAAGAAGAAGGGCCAUGCCAAGAAAGUGAAGCGAGUCGCCAAGGAGAAGGCUUCUGUUGAGCCAAAGGUGCAUCUCUCGUCCAAAUACGUUGACUCUGAGGACGAUCUUUCUGAUGCAGAGAAAGAGGCCGAGUUUUUCCGCAAGGAGCAGGAACUACAGGCUCUUAUUCAGCGCAAUGGCGGAGCUAUCAGUCCAGAACAGUUCCAGCAGCUUCUGGGCGGCGGCGAACAGCGCCGAGACAAGAUGGUGACACUCAGCGAUUCUGAGUCGGAGCCCAGCUCGUCGCCGCCGCCGGUGAGACGUGCACGGGCCGUCAUUGAGGAUGACGAUGACUAA